UCAUAAACACAAUUGUUUAAUUCAUUCAUAGAUUCUCGGCAUUCCUUGAGAAGAUCUCAGGCGUAGACGUCAUAAAAUUUCGACAACCUGACAGUCUGACACGUGCGAAGCACUUAUUUUAUUUUUCGCUACGAAAACCGCGUGACAAGACGCGGUGCGACGUCAUCAGGUAUACAAGCUAGUGUUCCUAGAGAAACUCUAAGGUGAGCUCGAGAUGCUGCCCAUUCGACAGAUUCUACGUCUUGGUAUACGUGUAAUAAGCACUCGACAUGCAGAAUAUUGUCACGCUCCAGUUUUGUGCGAACCGAGCAGCAUUGGAGCAUUUCAUCAAAUGCGAUUUACUCACGAGGACAGUGGCACUCGCAUAGAAUUGGGCAAAUUAAAGGGGAAGCUGAAGCUAAUGUUUACAUGCAAGAAAUGCCAAAGGAGAACAACCAAACUGAUAUCGAAGCUGGCUUAUAAUAAAGGAGUAGUAAUAGUGAGAUGCGAAGGUUGCAAGAAUAAUCACCUUAUUGCUGAUAACUUAGGAUGGUUCUCAGAAAUUGAUAAAAAAACAAACAUUGAAAGAAUCAUGGAACUGAAAGGGGAGACUGUGCGAAAGGUAAUGAAUGAUGAGGAUGGUUAUUAUGAGGCUGUUUUGAAGGAAGAGUUUAAAUCACAGAACAAAGAUGCUGAUGAAAUAAAACCAGAUGAAUGCUCUGAUAAAAUUAAAAUAAUUGACAAAUCACAGGAAAGCUAAAAUUCCUUUUUGAAUGCUAGCUCUUAUUUUACAGACAAAAGAAUAGAAUGUA